AUGGCCGAAUAUGAAGCAUGCAUUCUUGGAUUGAAGAUGGCCAUCGAUAUGAAUGUUCAUGAACUUCUAGUUAUCGGAGAUUCAUAUUUGUUGAUUCAUCAGGUUCAAGGAGAAUGGGCCGUGAAAAACCCGAAGAUCACACCACACACUCCCAGAACACAGAAUGAGUUAGCCGAUGCUCUUGCCACUAUCGCUUCAAUGAUUAAACAUCUGGAUACUUAUUAUAUUGAUCCCCUAGAUAUGGAGCUGAAAAACCAUCCAGUCCUUUGUUCUUAUGUUGAAGCAGAACCAGACAAUUUACCAUGGUAUUUUUAUAUAGAGAAGUACUUAGAGAUCGGGAUUUAUCUUGAGAAUGCAACAUCCAACCAGAAGAAGUUGAUACACCGUAUGACCCUCAAUUUCUUUCUAACUGGAGAACUCCUUUAUAGGAGGACUCCUGAUUUAGGUCUUAUCAGAUAUAUUGAUGUUUCCGAAGCUGUGAAGCUUAUUGAACAAAUACACGCCGAAAUUUGCGGCACGCACAUGAAUGGACUCACUUUGGUGAGGAUAUCCUUUGAGCCGGUUAAUUUUGGAUGA